GUGACUGGCAGAGGCCCCUCCUUCAUUUCCUUUUCUCCGCCUCCUUCUCCUCCUGUUUCCCCGGCAUCGCCUCGUCAGCUGCCCCAUUUUAUUUAAACAAUAACUGGCUGUGCGCUUGCUCCCCCCGCCGCCUAGAGAAGGGCAGAGCGCGGAACGGGCUAUUAGUGGCGGUAGGAGAGCGGGCGGCGGGGAGCAGCCACAGGAAGGGGUAAAGGAGGCAUGGCCGGCUGCUUUGGCAAAAUCCACAUAGGGAUAUAUGUGGAGAUCAAGCGGAGCGAUGGCCGGAUUCACCAAGCAAUGGUAACUUCUUUAAAUGAAGACUGUGAAAGCAUUACAGUUGAGUGGAUAGAGAAUGGAGACACUAAAGGAAAAGAGAUUGACCUGGAAAGUAUAUUUUCACUUAAUCCUGACUUGGCUCCUGAUGAAGAAAUUGACCCCGGGCCUGAGAUACCACCCCCUCCUACACCUACAACUAAAGUAAACAAAAUUGUAAAGAAUCGACGGACUGUGCCUCCAGUUAAGAACGAAACACCUGCAAGGGAUAAUAGAGUUGCAGCAGUCGGUUCAGCCCGUGUACGACCAAGCCAGCCCAUUGAACAGUCAGCCUCCGCACAGCAGAAUGGUAGUGUUUCAGAUAUAUCUCCAGAUCAGCCUGGAAAAAAGGACUUUGGCCCUCCUUCACGAAGAAAAUCUAACUGUGUGAAAGAGGUGGAAAAAUUGCAAGAAAAGCGGGAGAGAAGACGGUUACAACAACAGGAGCUGCGAGAAAAAAAAGCACAGGAUGUUGAUGCUACCUAUCCAAAUUAUGAGAUCAUGUGUAUGAUAAAAGAUUUCCGUGGAAGCUUGGAUUAUCGACCGUUAACCAAUGCAGAUACUAUUGACGAACACCGAAUAUGCGUGUGCGUUCGAAAACGUCCACUUAACAAGAAAGAAACCACUAUGAAAGACCUUGAUGUAAUUACAAUACCCAGUAAAGAUGUUGUAAUGGUACAUGAGCCGAAACAAAAAGUGGAUCUCACUAGAUUCUUAGAAAAUCAAACCUUUCGUUUCGACUAUGCAUUUGAUGAAACUGCCCCAAAUGAGAUGGUCUACAGAUUCACAGCUCGCCCACUGGUAGAAACAAUCUUUGAAAGAGGAAUGGCAACUUGUUUUGCAUAUGGGCAAACUGGCAGUGGAAAAACUCAUACUAUGGGUGGUGACUUCUCUGGCAAGAACCAAGACUGUUCAAAGGGAAUCUAUGCGCUCGCAGCACGGGAUGUUUUUCAAAUGAUAAAGAAGCCAAAUUAUAAAAAAUUAGAACUUCAAGUUUACGCAACCUUUUUUGAAAUUUACAGUGGUAAGGUCUUUGAUUUGCUGAACCGGAAAACCAAGUUAAGAGUCUUAGAAGAUGGCAAGCAGCAAGUGCAAGUCGUAGGAUUACAAGAGAGGGAAGUUAAAUGUGUGGAAGAUGUACUCAAGCUUAUUGAAAUUGGUAACAGCUGCAGAACAUCGGGUCAGACCUCUGCAAAUGCACAUUCCUCUCGAAGUCACGCCGUGUUCCAGAUCAUCCUGAGAAGGAAAGGGAAAAUGCAUGGCAAGUUUUCCCUUAUUGACUUGGCUGGAAACGAAAGAGGUGCGGAUACCUCGAGUGCAGACAGACAAACGCGACUUGAAGGCGCUGAAAUCAACAAGAGCUUGUUGGCUUUAAAGGAGUGCAUCCGAGCCCUAGGAAUGAACAAGCCGCAUACUCCUUUUAGAGCGAGUAAACUGACUCAAGUGCUGCGAGAUUCCUUCAUCGGGGAAAACUCCCGCACCUGCAUGAUCGCCACUAUUUCUCCUGGUAUGGCAUCCUGUGAAAAUACUUUAAACACCUUAAGAUACGCAAAUAGGGUAAAGGAGUUUGGCAUUAGCCCAUCGGAUAUUCCCUUCUCACAGGGUAGUGGAAGUCGCUCUGAUCUCUCUCCUUCCUAUGAGUAUGACGACUUUUCUCCCACACUGACAAGAGUGAAGGAACUUACUGUGGAUGCGAGCCCUGCAGGAGACCUCCGCCCCAUGAUACAUCAUGCCCCUAACCAGCUGGAUGACUUGGAAGCAAUGUGGGGAGUGGGGAGCUCUCCUCAGAGAGAUGAUCUCAAGCUGCUUUGUGAGCAAAAUGAGGAAGAGGUCUCCCCGCAGCUGUUCACGUUCCAUGAAGCUGUGUCUCAGAUGGUAGAAAUGGAGGAACAGGUUGUAGAAGAUCACAGAGCAGUCUUUCAGGAGUCAAUACGAUGGCUGGAGGAUGAGAAAGUGCUGCUAGAGAUGACUGAAGAAGUUGAUUACGAUGUUGACUCGUACGCUACACAACUUGAAGCCAUCCUGGAGCAAAAGAUCGACAUUCUCACUGAACUACGGGACAAAGUAAAGUCUUUCCGUGCUGCUUUGCAAGAAGAGGAGCAGGCGAGCAAACAAAUCAACCCGAAGAGGCCACGAGCUCUUUAAUGGACGAAGAAACUAAAAACUCUUUAAUGGAUGAAGAAACUAAAAACUCUAUACUGUAAAGUAACAAAGUUAUCACCACGGAUACUUGAAACGUUGCGUUCACUUUUAUAAAGUCAGUGGAAACGUCGGCUUCUCUCGCCUGGAUGGGAAACCUGUUUUGGGCCAAACGCUAAUUAUUUUCGAGCAACUUUUAGAGGCCCAUUUAUCAAAGUCAGAGUUUAUCUCAACAUUAUCUGAAAGCGACUCCGACCAAAUCGGCACAGGUUUUUUUUCUCCUUAUUUAUCAAUACAGUUUCCUGAAAAUUUUCUUUGCAGGAAAAAAAAUCAUGGAAAAAACGAAUCAUAUGAAUUUUUGGGGUUUUCUACCCGAAAAGCAGAUUUUUUUUUUUUUUUUCAGAGUUUUGCCCGAAAACGAUGAAAUCUUAAGAUUUUUGCAUGAAACCCAGCUCAGAUCAGGAUCUCUUCAGGACCUCUCCCCUCGGCAGGUCUGAGAUGCCGGAUUUUCGGAUUCUGACUUUUUCCUUCCUCGGGGGGGUGGGGGGAAAUAUAAAAAACCCCGAAAAACUUUUUUUUUUUCCCCCGUUAAAAAUUCGGGUUUUAUACUAACAAAACACCAAUUUUUCGGGUUAUUGGCAUUCAACUUGAAUAAAUAACCCCCUUGGUCUGUGCAGCACAACUCCCAUAGGACUGUAAGUCGCCAUGUUUGCAGAUAUUCAGCUUCGUCACGUCUUAUGUUCGAGUCUUUCUGCUCCGUUUUCUUUUUUAAUAAAUCAUAAAUUGAAACCACCUGUGGACUGGAGAAUAUAUGGCAUAAGAUUUUAUAGCAGUGUUCCCGUUUUUGCUCCCCGAAAACCAACGGCUGUGCGAUUUUAAGCUCUCUGCAUGCCUCAUAUUCAUCCGUGAUUGUACAGAUUUUAACCCUGCUGUGCCCAUAUCCUACGUGCCUUAAUCAAGGCUAUUAAUCCGUAACGUUCUCUCUCUCGCCACUAAGCACAGCCUUAACGUAACAAGAACACGCGUUCCUCGUUUGUCAGUGUAAAAUAACUGUUUAUAACAUAAGUAGGUUUUUCCCCUUUUUUUUUAUGUUCAGGUGCCAUAGAGACAGAACCUGUACUGUACAAAACAACAGCUGGAAGUUCCAUCCUCCACCUGUAAAAUUCAUAUUUGAAUACUGUAAAGUUUGGUUGUGUAAUUAACAUUUUUCUUUGUAAAGAAUAAAAUUUAGUUAAUGUACAAUCAAAA